AUGGAAUUAGUACUGCUCGAUGAAGAGACUUUAUAUGAGUACAUUUUCGAACGAUAUGUGGAAUUAGAGGCUAACGCAAACGAUUUAUCUCAAGAUCUCGGUAUUCUGUCGAGAAACGAAUCAGAAUUAGAGAUAGACAUUGGGCCACAUCGCCUAGUGACCAGGAAAAAAAAAGCACCAGAAAGAGAUGAGUAUACAUUUAGUAUACACCAAAACCUAACCUCUUUAAAUUCCAACCGUGAUAAUAAUAACUCGACGACUGGAUACGUCAUUUGGACCACGUCUACUUUUAUUCUCAAAUGGUUAUUAUACAAUGACAACGCUACCAUAUUCACAAGAGGGGGUGUAAAGGAUGAGGUAGAUAUUACAUCCAUUUUUCAAUGUCAGCAAGAUGAUAAACUACGAUAUGUCCUUGAACUGGGCACUGGAACAUCACCAAUGUUUCCUAUUGUUUUCUCUAAUUACGUUGAUAAAUAUGUGGCCACUGAUCAAAAGGACAUCUUGCCUCGAUUAAAAGAUAACAUCCAAGAAAACCAGUCAGAGUGUAGACGGAGACUGCUUAAAUCCAACACAAUUGCUUUAGAUGAUCUUAAGAGACGUACUGAGUUGGAAUGUCAGAUUGACAUAGCGCUGUUAGAUUGGGAACUGUUCUCAGGUAGCAAGAAAUCUAGAAACGAUCCCGUUCUUCAAUGCGGACCGAACUUCCAUCUGACUAUAAUCGCAAUGGAUGUAAUAUACAACGAAUACUUAAUUGUACCAUUUUUAACCACUCUUGAGUCGUUAUUCGUCUGGUAUACCGAACAACGUGUAACGGUAUCGGCAUUGAUCGGAAUUCAACUUAGAACUCAAGAUGUACUUGAAAUGUUCCUCGAAGAGGCUAUCAUAGAGAGACAAUUCAUAGUGCACGCCGUCGAUGAAAAAGAACUUAACAAGUCACGUUUCAUACUCUUACACGUAAAUUUGCCCUAG